GCUCAUACUCCACCUCUCCCCUAACGAGGUCCACCCCCGUCGCUCAGUCUGGCCUCCGUCUUCUGUCCUUGCUGCAGCUGCAUCUUCAUCCCACAGUGGUGAACCACUCUCACUCAGGAUGGGCUCCAGACCCCCCGGCCUGCUGCCGUUACUGCUUCUCGCCUGCUUCACGCACUCAUGGCAUUGCGCCAGAGGGCAAUCAUCAUACAUUAUAGAUGCCGUUGGCCUCACAAUCCUGCCCGGCAGCACAGUUCAAAGCGGGACAGCGGUGACGGUUCGCUGUCGGGUCAGCGUCAGCCACAACGACAUCCCUCACCUGACACACACCUUCCAGCUGACACAGGAUGAUGUCCUCAUCCACUCCUCCACCACCGCAGAAGACUCCAUCGAGUACGAAAUCAACCCUGCCCGGGCGGCAGACUCUGGGAAUUAUGAAUGCAGAGUCACGGUCAAGGACAAGAGCAAAGCCAGCAACAGACAUAAACUGGAUGUCACAGGACUGCAGACCCCCAAUCUGGAUCUGAAUAAUUUAAGCCCCUAUGAGAAUGAGGAGUUCGUAGCCACCUGCAGUGCUCCGGAGGAAAAAGGAUCCCUCAUAUUUCGGUUUUACCAGAGAUUUAGGAAGGGUGACCCUCAGAAGAUGAAGCAGCUGGCGACCACUGGAAAUUCAACAGAGACCACGUUAACACUGAAGCACAUCGGGGACAGCUUUCUUUUCUGCGACUACGAGAUCAACUUGGUUUCUGGAACAAGACGUUCCAACAACAGUGAGGAGAUUCAAGUGAUCAUCCGAGCGCUCAAUAUUUCCCCAGUCAUGAACGUGCUGCCGUCCACUGACGUCUUCGAGGGAGACGUAGUGACGGUGUUCUGCACAGUGGUCGGCAGUCCUCUGAGAAACAUAGAAGUGUUUCUGACAAAGGACAGGAGGAUCCUCAAGCAAGUUCGAGCCACGGCGCUGAGUCAUAACUUCACCGCUGAGGAGGGCGACUCCGGGGAGCUGGUGUGCAAGGCCGAGUGGGGCAAUGUGCAGAAGGAAGCCUAUCGAGCAAUCACGGUCAGAGAGCUGUUCUCAAAGCCACGUCUGACUGUGGAUCCCAGCGACUUGUUUGAAGGCGACCGCUUCACCGUGUCCUGCUCCGUGUCCAUUUACGUUCCCGAAAAGAUCAGCAAUGAAACUAUAAAUUACUCCUACUACAAAGACAAGCGCAGAAUCACUGAUGCAGAGACGUACACCUCCAUGGCAAACCCUCAUAUGAAUGGGAACUACACCUGCAAUGCUCAGGUUUCCUCUAAAUUCAACAAAGAAAGCCCAAUACUUGUUAUUAAAGCCAAAGUUCUCGUGUCCAAACCGGUGCUGAGUGUGGUGGGGGGCACGCUGCUGCUGGGGAAGCCCUUCCAGCUCCGCUGCCACAGUGACGGGGGCACUCUGCCCAUCACGUACACCCUGCACGGCCCCAACAGGCUGACCAAGCAAGUGGUGGUGAGCAGGCGGGAGGAAGAGGCCGUCUUUACACUUGCGGCCAUCUUCAAGAGCGCCGACCUGAACAACUUUGUCUGCCACGCAAAGAACAGUCCACGCAAGCCCCCCGUGAUAGCGUUAGGAGAGCAGCUGCUGCGAUCGACCAUCAUCAUCGAGCCCGUGUCAGAGCCGGCGUUGACCGUCUAUCCCAGCGCGGGCGACAUCUCCGAGGGACUGGACAUGACCCUGGUCUGCUCCGUGCAGAAAGGCAGUCCGCCCAUCAACUUCACCUGGUACCGCCGGGACGAGACGGGAGCGCUGGAUUCAAAGACAUCAAAUAAACUGCAGGGAUCCUUCAGCAUACACAACGUCCAAGGGACGGAUGGAGGAGAGUACUACUGCGUCGGCACAAACCAGGCCCAGCAAACCAGACAAAGUCCAGCUGUCAUGAUUGGAGUAAAGAUGGCUGGCUGGAAGAAGGGCCUCAUCGUUGUCGUCUGCAUCCUGUUCAUCCUGGCUCUGGUCCUCGUUAUUGCCUUCAGGAGACGUCUCCUUCAUUUUAAGAGGAAAAAUACAGGCAAACUGUCGGUGAAGUCAGCCAGUACCAAGGCAGAGCGGCUGAGCCUCACCCAGGCCGAGGUCAAUGAGGCUGCCAACGUCACGCCAGGCAUGAUGGGAAAAAGUAUUUGGAGUGAACAUGUAUCAGGUUCAGAGUCCGACGACCAGAAUAGUGCGAUCGCUGCAGAAAAACCGGAGCCGCAGUACACCGAGGUGCAGACUCCACAGCCAGAUCCUAACAGACCGGUUCCGGUGAAACAAGGCACAGACACAGUGUACAGUGAAGUACGCAACUCUCAGCAAGGUGUUCCAGAGCCGGCCGAUGGUGCGUCGGUGGAAUAUGCCGAGCUAAACCAUGAAGCUGACCACCAGGGUGACCACAGUGCUCCGGGUGAGCAGAGCGUCAGCGCUGAACACACACCUGAGGCGGAGAGCAGCGUUACCACUGACGCCGCCGCUGAACCUGGAGAAUGAAAACAUGACCUGUCAACAGACUUCUGGCAAAAUAAUUCCUCUGUUCGUCUGGCUUGGUAAUGCAGCUGGAUUAUUUGUGCUGACAGAUUUUUUUUAAAACCCUGUGACUAGUUUGUAUUUUUUUAAAUAUACAUAUAAAACAUUGGAGAAAAGUUUCACUCUGUAAAUUCACUUGAUUUUCCCUCGAGGAGCAAAUAAAGCCGGUUU